CGGCCCCCCCGGCCCGGGGGGAUGCGGCAGCCCCCAGCCCCAGCAAGGGCCGCCGGGCCGCCGGCAUCCCCGGGCUGUGCGCCCUGGAGUGGGACCCCGGCACCGCCUGCGCCAACUUCUCCCUGAUGUGGUACCACCGGCUGGAGACGGGGGCCUGCGAGCGCUUCUGGUACGGCGGCUGCGGCGGCAACGCCAACCGCUUCGGCAGCGAGCGGGACUGCGCCCGGGCGUGCGGCGGCCCAGGUCCCGAGGGAGCCGGCGCGGGCGAGGGGAACCUGACGCAGGCGGCCUGCCUGGAGGAGCGGGACGCGGGGCCCUGCCGCUCCUACUCGCCCAAGUGGUUCUUCGAGGGCCGCCGUGCCGGCCGCUGCUCGCUCUUCUGGUACGGGGGCUGCGGCGGGAGCCGCAACCGCUUCGAGAGCCGGGAGCAGUGCGAGGCCGCCUGCCUGCCCCGCGGCGGCGGGACCCCCGGCUCCCCCGGCUCCCCCGGCCCCGCGGCCACCAACGCCUCUGCCUGCGCCCCGGGGCCCGGCUGCGAGGGCUGAGACCCGGCCCCCCGCCGCCCCCCGGCACCGGCUCCCGAGCCCAGUUAUCCCGGAAAUCCCCGGCGCUGCCGGCACGCCCGGAGAGCCGGCACGAGGAUGCGGAGCGCUCGCCCUCUGCAGACCCGCUCCCUCCGCUCCUCGCCUCCCCCAGCCUGCGCAGAUGGGAAGAACAAGGACACUCGAGUUGUUGCACAAGGGCCGUGUGGUCGGACGCGCCAGGUUUCUGACAGCUCCUCACAGUCAGCUGCUCGGUGAUGAAGGGGAGGUUUGGAGGCGGCGGCGGGGCGCUGAGCCCUUGCAAAACUCUGCACCCCCCCCCGCCUCCGCUGCCGUCCGCCUCCUCCGGGCAGACCCCGGUGCCGAGGCCCUGGCUCCGGUCAGUACGGGUGCGUCCGAAA